GCUAUUCUACAUAAAUAUAAUUCAUAUUAUCUUAUUCAUAAAAAUACUCUUCUCUUAUCUAAUGAUAUUCAUCUAUCUUAUGGUGAUAAGCUACGUGCUGUAGAACAUAUGGAAAAUGAAUUACAUGACUAUUUAUUUUAUUAUCCUCAAAAUGUGUCACAUUUCUUAUGGUUGUAUAAAACUUCUGAAUUUCUUUAUUGUAAUCGUGAAUUAGCGGAUAAAAUGGAAAAUGAAUUUCAUUUAUAUCAAAACAGAAGUCGAUUCAAUUUAACUUUCAUGCCAACGAUAUAUGUUGCUUCCGUAUUGGAUAAACUUGAGAAACAUUAUUGGCUUGCUGGUGGGGCUUUGCUAGGAUGGUAUCGUCAUUGUGGUUUAAUACCAUUUACAGAUGAUGCAGAUUUUGGUUUAUAUGCUGAAGAAUAUGAUGAAAGUAUACGCAAUUCUUUUCUUGGAAAUCCUGUCAUUCCUCUUUGGAGUGCAUUAGGGCUUGCAAACGAUUCACUCGAGUUUCGUCUUUUUACGGGACAUUGGACACUCGAUCUAUUCUGGGCUUAUCGUGAUGGAGAUCAUCGAUGGUUCGGUUUUCAAAUAUAUAGAACAAAAUACAGACGUACUCUUCCAUUAUUGGAAGAACUUUGUUCAUGUGAUUUAUUUGGUCAUCGAUUUUCCAUUCCAUGUUCACCUACGGAUUAUCUCGACGGUGAAUAUGGAAUAGAUAAAUGGAGAACUCCAUUAGAAAAGAACUAUAGAUGGACUAAUAUGAAAUAUCAUUCGAUGUGGAAUGAUAUAUCAUGGAUGUAUGUUGUACGUUUAUAUACACCUAAUGGAAAACUUCGUACGGAUAAAUUUGCAAUUGAAUGGGUAUCGAACCAUUUUAACUAUUCUUUCACAUCGAUUCCAUCAUUUCUUAAUGUUAUACCAAAUGGACCUGUGACACUUCCGGCAUUGAAUACCAAUCUUAUCAAUAGUAUAUCGGCAAAACAAAACAGUUCUCGAAAAAUGCCUCAAUUAACUAUACAACGAGGUCGCCAACAACAAAACGGAACAAGAAGUUGA